AUGUUCUUCUCCAAAGCCAUCGUUGCUGCUUUCGCCCUGGCCACCUCGGUCUCAGCCGUUCCCCAGAGUGGUAGCCGGCCACUUGGCUGGAUCUACGGAUACUCCCAGACUGGCUGCGCUGGAGAUGUCCAGGCCACCUACGAAGUCCACUCCUUGGCUGACUGCUUCGGCUUCACCUCUGAGGGCCACACGUCCAUCAAGUAUGUCCGCAGCGCCUGGAAGGACGAUGACCCGAAGCUUGUCGGUAUCACCGACGGUGGCUGCAUUGGAGCUGCUCACGCCAAGGUCAACUCUGCCUCAUGCGCCUCUGGAAGUCAACCUCUCAAGUCCGGACGAUUCGAGUAA